UGCAGUCUCGUGCCGUCCCUCCAGCAUGUUUCCAUUUCCACUUUCACCAUCAUCAAAAUGCAAGUGUUAUUCGCCGUUGCCGCUAUUGCCGCCGUCGCCGCCGCCCAAACCAUCACCUCCAAGCCCCCUGCCACCACGUCCAAGGCCCCUGCCGUGACGUCGUUGCUUCUGACCACUGCUCGUCCUUCGAACGCAUCCAAGGCGACCAACACAACCAACUCGACGAUCGUCAUCUUGACGCCGUCCGAGGACGAGAUCACGGUGACACCCACCACUGCUAAGGUCGUUGCGACCACCACCAAGGCCCCUGCUACCCCUCUUCCCACGUCUGGCGCUUCAUCGGUGGUGGCCAGCGUCGUGUUGGUCUCCGCCGUGUGGGCUGCCAUCCAAUAAGUUGUGGCUAUAAUGCUUCCUUAAUGUAUCUUCAAAGGCCU